AUGAAAGAAGAUAACUUGAAGAAACUAUUCAUCUUCAUUACACUUUUUCCGAAUGUAACAUCAUCACCAUUAUCAUCAUCAUUAUUAUCUAAUGAUACAGCAGGUAAGGAUAAAAUACCUUGGAAAUAUGCAUCAGAAGGAAAAUAUAAAUUGAAAUGUGCUGGUGGGACAAACGAAACUAAUAUGAAUCAUGAAAUAGAAAGACGAGAAGUGGAUUAUGAAGGAGUGGAAAUUAUCGAUGAAGAAAAAUGCAAUAGCAAAAGUUUGCAAAAUAUAAUGCUACAGAAUAUGGCUGGCCAAACAGCGAAAGAAGCAAAAACAAAAAUAAUGCGAGCAGCUGAAGCAAUUCUUGGCGGAUAUUUCAAUGUUAUUUGUGCUUCUGGUGAUUUCUCCUACACUACAACAACUAGCCUUUAUUGUUUACAACCUUUGGGUAAUAUCAACUGUUAUGCAUUUCUUACAGGAAAUAGUCGUUCAAGACUGGAAUAA